ACACAUUACCAGCACACAAAAAAAGGAGUAAAAAAUGCUUCACCUACAAUGAUAAAUGGGGGCCACUGUGUGUUCCUCUCAUUCUGGUAGACGGCUUGAUGACAGGGAUUUAUUCUGCACAUGUGCCUCAUAUAGUUUCAUUGACACACCUGUUCUCAAGGAGGGAGACUGGUUUUAUAUGUCAGAAGCCUCUUCUGCUCCAGUUCUAUGCCAAAAGAAAGAUGAAAAGACGAAGGAGAAGAGGGGGUGCAAACUGUGGGAGAGCCUCGAAUGCCAAAAAUGCUCCCAAACCAGAAAAUACAUGUGCAGCUCUUGAUAAUGCAGGACAGCUUCUUAAUCCAGAGGAAACAAGGGAGGAGACCUGUAUGAAUUGGCAUUUUAGGAAGCAAGAGACCGAUGAGGUGAAGGGGUUAAAAAGACAAAGAACCUGGAAAAUCCGAAAAGGUCUCAAACCCAACACCGGCCCUCCAAUAAACCUGCUUCCUUCAAAGCUGAAAAGCCGCCCAAGGAACAUCCGGUUCUCCAAUGUGGAGAACAUGACCCUUGUCUCCAGACUGGUGCCGGUGUACGAGCAGCUCCUGGGCAAAUCCAAGUCCAGGACCCCCUUUCUGAAGAAGUGUCAGAUGUGGCAGGAGAUCUGCGAUGCCGUCAACUCCGUGGGAAACAAGCAGCGAUUUGUCCACCAUUGUAAGAAGAGAUUCAGUGACGUGAAGCGGAAGCUGAGGCAUAAACUCAACCAUGAGAAGAGUCUUUUGAUGGACCAGGUUGGACCCUCGGCCUACAAGGUCUACUACACCCCGUAUGAGGAGGAGCUCAAGAAAGUUCUACCUGCUGAAGUAAUUGACGGAAUAGAAUUCUUCGAUUCGGAUCAUCCUCAAGAGCCGUGCUCCGGGGAAGACGCCAGACGCUCAUGGUGUACACCACAGAAUGGUCACAACUUCCUGGUGAGAAAAAAGAUUUCACCAGAGUUGCCUAAUACGACCGAACCUGAAGAGCUAGAAAGCCCAAUAUAUCCAGACCAAUGGCCGAUGCUCCCAGAACUCUUCCCUGUGGACACGAGUAAUGUGAGAUCUAUGGACUUCUUCACGGACCACACAGACCUGCCACCUGGACGGGUUGACACAAAAAGAAUCAAACUCUGUCCCUCUCGAUACACCAUAGAACAACCUUCACCUCACAGUGUUCCAAACGGGUCUCCCAAUCAUGGUGCCCAUCUUCUUAAGGUUCUCUCUGCCUCCCAGAAGAGGUUUCGAAAUGGCAUGAUGCAUAGUCUGGACGUCCUUCACUCAGAUCUCAGACACUUCAACAAGUGCAUUGAUGAAAGUAAUUCUAUAGUUGAGAACCUGCUAAGAGUGGAAAGCGAGAGGAACAACAUACUGGAUCAGAUGAACAUCCGACUUGGCCGGCUUGCUGAAAGUGUUGAGCAGCUGGCAAACCAGCAACAAGCAGAGCACGUUCUGCUCCAGGACUAUCCGAGACGACUGAUCCCUAGUCACACGGUCUUCACUUCUAUAAGAGGGAGAAAUGGUGCAAGUCACCGAGCGGGGGAAGUGCAUCACUCCUUAAGGAUAUCCUCUUGAGCCAGGACGUGCCUAUCUCAGCCAGGGUUCAUGCUUGGACCAGACCAUUAACAUUUACUUUAAGUAGUGCAAAUUUGUUAUCCUAGUCGUGCAAGUUCUUUACAUAAGGAUUAGUUUACAAUUUUUUUUUAAUUGUAUAAGAUCAAUUAUACAUUUAUUUUUUCUAUUUAUUUUUUUGACCUUGUAGAUUUACAAGAGUUUGCUUAAUAAAUAUUACACGA